GCGGAUCCCAAAGAUAUACUCAAAUAUGAAGCGCCUUUUGCCUCAUUCCCGGUGUUUGGCACAGAGUUUCUGCCAAUUCGUACGCAACAAGCUUUUAAUGAGAAAAAGUUUAACACGGAUAUUGAUAUAAUCGCUGGUAUUGUACGCAAUGAGGGCGCAAUGUUACCUGGCUUUGUUAUCAAAGACCCUGCUCAUAUGACACUCACUGACUUUCAUAACGGGUUAAGUGCGUUGGACUCGUCGAUCGGAUUACACAACAUAAAUGCACCAAAAGUAACGGCACAUUACCUGAAAGGUGUCAAUACUAGCGAUUCACUGGCUCUACGACAAGCUUUUAGCGCAUUAGCGGGUGAUUUAAUACUCGGUUGUCCGACAUAUCUGUUCGCCAAACGGUUCGCACAAACUGUCAAAGAGUCGCAAAGGGUUUACUUUUACGAGUUGUUGUACGCGAGUGAGUUUUUUGCCAAAUAUGUUGGUUGCGAUAUAAAGACCAUGGGCGUUUGUCACGGCAUGGAAGUGCCCUAUGUGUUUGGUUUACCACUUUUUGAUCCUGAUCAUUCCACUCCAGAAGAUAUAUUUUAUGCCAAUUAUAUAAUGAAAAUGUGGACAAAGUUUGCCACCGAUGGACAUUUGAACCGUGAUUGGCCGCAACUCUUAAACGAUGACCCGAGCGGUGCGCCCAAAGUCCACGGUUUGGACCCAAAGAACUUACCCCUAGUAUUAAAAGACCCGUUUCAUGAAACUUGUGACGGCGUGUGGGCCGACUACUUUCUAUAAAUAAAUGUACAU